CUCUCUCCGGGUUCCUUGUAGUAAUAUAAAACCCGUAAUCUCAUUGGAUCCAUACCCGCUCCAUUUUACAAUAAUUACCCGCGACUCCAUACCCGUAUCUUCCCUCCGCUUCCGGCGCCGCCUUCCACCGCCGCCUUUUUCCUCCGACGGAUCUCAAUUUCCUACAAUUACCAAUCGAGCAGAAAACUUCGCCGGAGGAUUUUACGAUUUUAUAGACAAAAAUCAGCUGAAAUUCAAAAUUACAUUUUGAAGUUGAUUGUUUGAUUGAGAGUGAUGAAGAAAUCGGGAUACGGUUUACAACUAAGAGUUCCUCCAUCACAGCAGAAGAAACAGCCUGUGAGGCCUCCGCUUCCUAAAGCACUUGGUUUCGGUGAUGGGGAUGAUGAUGAUGUUGAGAAAGAAAUUUCUCGUCAUGCUUCCAAAAAUAAGGCUCUUAGAGAUAUUGAAGAACAGCAUAAAAAGGCUUUAGAAGAGGACCCUUCAGUGUUUGAUUAUGAUGGAGUAUAUGAUGAUAUGAAAGUGAAGGCUGUCCAACCUCGAGCUCAGGAUCGCGAAGAGAGGAAGCAAUCUCCACUGGAUCAGUCUCGACAUUUAGAAAUGUCGUCCAUCUCCUCAUGGGAUGGCACCAUUACAUCUACUGAAUUUCAUAAUGCUGCUUCUACCUUUGUUGAGCUAUGGAACAAGUUCGAUCUAGGGUUUCCUCCCUGGUCAUGGAUCAAUUAUCCAAAGAGACCAGGUUUUGCUGCUAGCAAGGUGGAAGGAUACCUAUCCUUGGAGAAUAUGAUUCUUCCCAGAUCCUCUGAGGAAGAUCAACAUCAAUGUGGCCUUGUUGGAAUAGAAGAUUUGACUUGCUCUAGCGAAGAUAUAUUUAAUGAUAGUGCCAUAUUGGUUCAAAAGGAUGGCAAAGAAAGACAUCAUUACGACUUUCAUGUCAUCUACAGUUCCUCUUUCAAGGUUCCGGUGCUUUAUUUCCGUGCAUACUGCAGUGAUGGAGAACCCUUGACAAUAGAAGACCUGGAACAGGACUUUCCUGUCUAUACUGCACAGAGUCUAGCAAUAUCAAAAUGGACCUUUAUAACUCAAGAGGAGCACCCCUACCUGAAUCGACCAUGGUACAAGCUACAUCCAUGUGGGACUAGUGAGUGGAUGAAGCUACUUUUCAGUAAUGAACCUUCAGUGGUGUCUGAAGGUGGAGUUGUAGUUGAGAAAUAUCUAACCUCAUGGUUUUCAGCUGUAUUGCCCAUCUUUGGUUUAAAAAUCCCCUUAAAAUUGUCUCUACAUGUAUGAGCUGUACACGCAAUAAGUCUGGAAAUCUUGCUUCUGCAAGAUACAGAUUUAGUUUUUUCUUGUAAAUGUAAAUGUUCUUCAGAAUGAAAUCAUAUGUUAAGAUGCAAAAUUUGUGCAGAUUAUGUCAGAUGUUAGGAUCUCUUGAUUCUUUACACGUGAAUAGGCCUAUCCAAAUUUUAAAUUGUAACUUCUGUUAGAAGUGUUAGCAUUUCAGAUCUACUUUAAAAAUAAACACUUGGUUGAAGUUAAUUUGUACAGUAUUUUUCUUGUGGUAGACUAUUGCUGAAAUUGGAUUUUUGGAUAUUACUUUUCACCUCAAUUCAACAUGAAACCUUUCCAAAAUAUAUCCCUGUUUAGCCUAGAACCUUAGAUUGACAUGUUCUAGUGGCUUAGGUUGUAAAGAUGCUAGGAUAAGGAGCAUUUUCCAAGUGAAAAGAUUUUGGAAAGUGUUACUUUUUGAGUGUUCCUCAUUCUUUGAUUUGUUAUUCAUAACUUGGGGACUCAGUUAGGUACUUGAAUUGCUUUUUCAAUCUGAGCUAAAGCAUUUCUCACAUUAGAGAAGCUAAAGUUAUGUGAGGAAACGUAGGAGAGAACUUGGCUUUUCCCAGAGGUUAUACUAAUGACUAAUCUAUUCAAUAUUAUGUGCUUUUGUCCGAUCGCAAUAUCUUCUUAGUCUCUUGAAAUGUUGGCUACCUUUUCCCUCAGAUUUUCCUGUGAAGCUGGCUAUAUAUUAUUGGUACUCUCUUUCUUUAUUUUCUUCCUUUUCAAUAAUAUCUAGAACAUUUUAUCGAAAAAAGAAUAUCUAGAAUAUGUAAUGACUCUGUUUGUGCUUUGGAUUCUAGCCUUUGUAUUUGCAUUUCUAACCUGAAGGAAAUGAAAAUAUUGCCACUAUAUUGCUCCUGUUUUGAACCGUUAUACUUUUUUCCAGCCAAAAUAUAUCCAGAUGCUAAUGGAGAAGGCAAAACAACGAGAACGAGAGCACGAGGUCAUUUAUGAGAGGAAAAUAGCAAAA